AACCGUUCCUCCCUCCCUCCUCCCCUUCUUCCUCGGUGAGGCGCUCCUCCAGUGGCCAGGCAGCAUGGCGGCGGUGGAGACGCGUGUGUGCGAGACGGACGGUUGCAGCAGCGAGGCCAAGCUCCAGUGCCCAACCUGCAUCAAGCUGGGCAUCCAGGGCUCGUACUUCUGCUCGCAGGAAUGUUUUAAAGGAAGUUGGGCAACUCACAAGUUACUGCAUAAGAAAGCAAAAGAUGAAAAGGCCAAGCGAGAAGUGUCUUCCUGGACUGUAGAAGGGGAUAUCAACACUGAUCCAUGGGCAGGUUAUCGAUAUACUGGAAAACUCAGACCCCAUUAUCCACUGAUGCCAACAAGGCCAGUGCCAAGUUAUAUUCAAAGACCAGAUUAUGCUGAUCACCCUUUAGGAAUGUCUGAAUCUGAGCAAGCUCUUAAAGGUACUUCUCAAAUUAAGUUACUCUCAUCUGAAGAUAUAGAAGGGAUGCGGCUCGUAUGUAGGCUUGCUAGAGAAGUAUUGGACAUUGCCGCUGGGAUGAUUAAACCAGGUGUAACUACUGAAGAAAUAGAUCAUGCUGUACACUUAGCAUGCAUUGCAAGAAAUUGCUAUCCUUCACCCCUGAAUUAUUAUAAUUUCCCCAAGUCUUGUUGUACUUCAGUGAAUGAAGUGAUUUGCCAUGGAAUUCCAGACAGACGGCCCUUGCAAGAAGGUGAUAUUGUUAAUGUGGACAUCACUCUUUAUCGAAAUGGUUAUCAUGGGGACCUGAAUGAGACAUUUUUUGUUGGAGACGUGGAUGAGGGAGCUCGGAAACUGGUUCAGACCACGUAUGAGUGCCUGAUGCAAGCCAUUGACGCAGUAAAGCCUGGUGUUCGAUACAGAGAAUUGGGAAACAUUAUUCAGAAGCAUGCACAAGCCAAUGGAUUUUCAGUUGUUCGAAGUUACUGUGGGCAUGGAAUCCACAAGCUUUUUCAUACAGCCCCCAAUGUACCCCACUACGCCAAAAAUAAAGCAGUUGGAGUGAUGAAGGCUGGUCAUGUAUUUACAAUUGAGCCAAUGAUUUGUGAAGGUGGAUGGCAGGAUGAAACCUGGCCGGAUGGCUGGACGGCGGUGACGAGAGACGGGAAGCGAUCAGCCCAGUUCGAGCACACUCUGCUGGUCACGGACACGGGCUGUGAGAUCCUGACCCGGCGGCUUGAUAGCGCACAGCCUCACUUCAUGUCCCAGUUUUAAUUUCUCCCGAGACGGCACAUCUCACUUAUACUUUCUGGCCGUACUCCACAUUUUAUUGAGAGUACAGAAUGGAAGAGGAAAUUUUUUUAUUACUUGUUUUGUUUUGACUAUCGAUAAGGAAGGACUACAACAUCUGACGUGUCCUCAAGAACUUGUCUUGGGUCUGAAAAGGCCAAGAAGAAUAAAGGAAGCAUUUCUCAACUCCCCCCACCGCCCCCGCCCCGCCCACAAAUCUCUGCACCCCUGUUUUUCUUCCUUGUCCUUUGAGCACUUUUACUUAAACCUGCUUCUAGUUGCUUCUGUCACUGCCACCGCUGGGCCAGCACCGCCAGCUGCUUUCCAGGUGAGUGCUGGAGAGGAGAAUCCUUGAGACUUCUGCAACAUACGUUGCUCCCAAUUUUUUUUUUUAAUAUUAUGUAUGUGUGGAAGUAUAUACGUAUACAUUUUAAAUUCCGUGUAUGUAAUUACUAAAUACUAUGUGACCUGGGGUUUGUGCUCAUUCUGCCCUGAUGGGGUUCUGUGCUGUCAUAAACGGACCCAUCGUUUGCAGUGAUUUAGUUCCCAGCUGGAAAUUGGCUUCCCUCCUUCCCCUGCUAAUUCUUUACGCUUAUAAUUGUGCAUAAGAAAGCACUUGGUCAGUGAGACCCCAGUGUGGGCUCUGUGUGAGUGAAUGUAUGUGGCAAAAUCCACUUUGGACAAACGUUAUCAGGUUUUUAAAAGUCGAGUUUAUGGCAGAAACAGCUGUGCUCCAAGCGGAAGCUGGCUGUUGCAGAGAAUGACGUUUUUGUAAUAUGUUGCUAUUUCAGACCUCUGUUUGGUAAUUAUGGGAGGAAAAAUGCUCCCUUCCCCUCUCUGUCCUACUUCAAGGGCAUACCUUGGAAAGAUACUCAGAGAAGGCUGGAGGUUGCAAUGUGGAAGUUGGGGAAGAGAGUUCUGAAGCCUCUCCAGCAGGGAGCAGAGUCUGGAAGUACUGACGUCUGGUACAGCUGGUGGUGGGGCGGAAGGACAUCUCUGGAGGUUGGACAGUUCCCUUGGAGUAGGGAUGCGCUGUCCUGGGUGUGCUGAAAUCACACUUCUCUUUUACACAGUUGGGAACCUCAGUAGACAUGACCUUCGUUGCCCAGCCUCUGUGCUCCUUUCAGUAGUUCAGUCCCAGGUGGGAGAGUAUCCAGUGAAGACAGAUCAAAGUCAUUGUCACUGGAGAAUACUCGAUUCCUGGGUAUCUGGAAACUGUAUGCGAAGGUAAUUUGAUUCCACUGACAUGUCACACUUGUAAGAGACAUCUUUCCCAGAGUGCCUCGGACCUUUAUUGCUUUAAAGGAAUUACGAUAAUGUUUUCAUUACUUUUUAUUAUUUUAAUGAUUUAGUAAUGUGGCUGAAUCUGGUAUAGACUUUUGGGGGUAUGUGUGUGAAGUUUUUUAUCAAACUGUAAUAUUUGUGAAUGGAAUGCCUUGCAAUAUAAAUGUUAAUAUAAUGUGUAAAGGGAGAUUAAAAAGUUUGAAUGAUUAUUCUGCCA